UUUUUUUUUUUUUUUUUCGGGCAGUCUGGUCCAGUAAUAUCCCACUGUCCAUUUUUCUGAUGAAGCCCAAAUAUAUAUGAUUCGCCAUUAACUUCACUCCACUGUACUGCUACUGCCUUUUCCCUCUAAAAAAUAUCACAAAUCUUUCCCUCUUUUCUUCUCCUCCACAAAUAAAUUCAUAAUCUAGGGUUAGGGUUUAGCAUUUGCGUCCUCUUCUUCUUAUUCUUCUCAAAUGGAUCCUUCUAAGAAGCGCAAGAUGGAGGAGAACGGCGUCGUAUCAGCCGCAGCAGGAGACCCCUUCGACCCCUCCCAUUCCAAACUCUCGCCCGAGGACGCUCGAAAGCUCAUCGACCGAUUCACUCCCGACCAACUCCUUGAUAUUCUCCAGGAAGCCGUGGUUCGCCACCCCGACGUACUCGACUCCGUUCGUUCGAUUGCAGAUCCCGAUACCGCCCAGCGCAAGCUCUUUAUCAGGGGUCUUGGUUGGGACACCACAACCGACGGCCUCCGCGCUCUCUUCUCCGCUUACGGGGAGUUGGAGGAGGCUGUUGUUAUUCUCGACAAGGCGACCGGAAAGAGUAAGGGUUAUGGAUUUGUUACGUUUAGACAUGUCGAUGGCGCUCUCCUUGCCCUUAAAGAACCGAGUAAGAAGAUUGACGGGCGUAUGACGGUGACUCAGCUUGCGGCGGCUGGUAAUUCUGGGUCGAACACCACCACCACUGCCUCCGUUGCUGAUGUUUCGCUUAGGAAGAUUUACGUCGCCAAUGUGCCGUACGAAAUGGCAUCGGAUAAACUUUUGGCGCAUUUUGCCUUGUACGGUGAGAUUGAGGAGGGGCCGUUAGGGUUUGAUAAGCAGACGGGUAAGUGUAGGGGUUACGCGUUGUUUGUUUAUAAGACUCCGGAGGGAGCACAGGCGGCGCUUGUGGAUCCGGUGAAGACCAUUGAGGGACGGCAGCUCAAUUGUAAAUUGGCCAUUGAUGGGAAGAAAGGGAAGCAGGGUGGCUCCGGCCCAGAUGGAGUUCAGUCUUCGGUGGGUGGCCCAGGGAAUGCUCAUGGAGAUGGGAUGGGUAUGGCUCCACCUGGGGGUCAAUUUGCUGGGUCCGGGGGAAUGGGAUCUUACACUGGGUUUUCUGGGCCGCCGUCUAUGGGUCAUCAUCAUCCUUUGAACUCUUCAAUGGGAGGAGGGCCGGGAAUGUCUGCAGUGGGUAAUCAAGCGGCGUCGUCUUUGGGUGGUUCUGGGAGUGGCUAUGGUGGCCCUUUCAGUGGUUAUGGAGGACCUGGGUCGGCCGGCUAUGGUGGAUUAGGAGGUGCUGGAGGUGGAGCUGGUGGUGGAUUAGGCGGUCCUGGUGGUGCAGGUGGCGGUGGUGCUUCUUCUAUGUACAGACUGCCUCCAAACUCAGGUGGAGUUCCCUCCGGUGGGUAUCCAGAGAGUGGACAUUAUGGCUUAUCAUCUUCGUCUGCGUAUCCAGGUCAGCACCAUCAGCAAUCAGGAACAUCUCCUUUGCCAAGGGGUCCCCCAGGAGGAAUGUACCCGCCGCCGUAUUAUUAAGGUGAAAAAGAAGAGGAAGAAAAUACAAGUGUAGGUAUAUGUUAUUGAUGAACUUUGCUAUUGUGGGUUGGCUUUUCUUUAUGGGCAUUUGCUUCAUCCCAUACCAAUUCUACUCACAUUGAGUACAUAUAUAUUUGCCGGUUUGGGUUACCUGUGCUGGAUAUUUUAGUUACUCUAUCAUAUCUUGCCCCAGUCUUCAAAGUUUAUAUAAUUGAUAGCUUGAUGGAAAAUGCUAGCUGCUAGAUUAUUAUGAAACAUCUGGUGGUUUAGCUGGGAAGCUCUUGUUCUGUUGAGUGAACUUGGAUAUCUUGGCUGCGUGAAGUGAUUUGUUGGUUGUCUCAUGUUGAAGUGAGAUGAUUGAAUCCCAUUUUUCUUUGAGACAGCUACUGAGUAGGUUUACUUUCCAUUUGCGACUAAAAUGACAUUUGGGAUUGAUUCUGAAGUGUGCAAUUUGGUUGUGGACUCAAUAGAUUUGUAUCCAGUUGAGGAUGGGUUAAAAGAAUUGGUCAUGUGUCACUUCUUAAUUCAUUUGUUUUUUUGGCAUUGUAAUGAAUCAAUGAGAUGCUAUUAAACCUUUAGGUAGCAUAGGCUUUCAAAAGCCAUGAAAGUUUUUGCUGUGUGACAACUGCAUUUGUUCAUGCUUAUCUCAUGUAAUUUUGCUUGCAGCCCAAGCCUCAUCCCCCUAUUCUCUUACUCUAAUAGUGUGUAAAUUUGUUUGAUCUUUUUAUUGAGAUUUUGUUGCACUGGGAUC